CGAUAGGACAGGAAACAGAAGGAAAGAACACCUAUAUAAAAUACCAAUCUAAAAGUCAACAUGAAUAAAUCUGUAAUAAACCGCCUCUUCUCCGGAAAGAAAGAGAAGAUCGGAAACCAAUUUGUGGAUUUUCUGCGUAAGCCAGGAGCUCUAAAAGAUACCGAGGCAUACUUAAAUCAGACUAAAGACCACAAGUAUGGUAAUUACGAGAAAUGGGUCAAGGAGAAGACAGUUUUUACUGGAUACGCCGACAGCCCUGCCCUCCUUGCCGAAAGUAAAAAUGUACUUAUAAUAGGGAACCACAACUCCUUUGACGUUACCCAGUACGGAGAGGACCCGGGAAAAGCAGGCAUGUCGAUGAUCCAUAUCCUGGGGAUUCCCAAAAAGAAUAUUUUCAACGGUGUAUCACUAGACCACGAUACUGUAUCCGUUAUCGACGAGACAAUAGACCUGUUCAAGGACAAGUGGGAAACUCCCGGCUUUCGCCAGAAAGUCCUAGACUACCAGAAGUUAGCUAUAGCGAACCGGACUUCCGCAGAACCGUUUGCAAGAUUGGAUGGAGGGCUUGAGUUCUUAGCUGCCGCCAAUGACUUUUGGGAAGCUAUGAAUCACUGGAAGGAACUCGAGGCCGGGAUCCAUACCCUGACAUUCGACGACUUCACCUUUGGUCUUCAUCUAUGGCCCGACCAUAGCGUAGGCCAUCUUCACCUGCAUAUCAUCGCUACGCCCGAUUGGUGCCGCAAAUAUAGCACUUUAAAGCACGACGAGAAGACCAAGGACGCCCUUGAAGUUCGCGAUUUCGUCCGAGGUCUUUCUCCAAUCUAAACCUACCUAGAAAACAUAGAACUAGAGUAGCUGCCUCGCUGGCGUCUUAACUAAUCUAAA